AUGGAUCAGCCGCCUUCCCAGAUUCCACCUCCGGCGAAGCAGCGCAGCGCAAGGUUUUACUUUACGCCGGAGGUGGACAUUUUUCUCUUACGGGAGGUGCUGGCCGUGGACCCUUUUGAAGAUAGUUCGAGAUGGGCCGCCAUCGCUCGCAACUUAUCGGCGGUGUUGCUGAGGAAUGUUGUUGCCCGGAGCCUUCGGGACCACCUCGAUUUGUUGCUCGCACAGUUCGCCGCGCGCGGCAGAAAAAAUCUAAGAAGUGCCGUAAGGAAAGUUGCAGCUGCAGCAAAACAGCAGCUGAAGCAGGAGCAAGCAAAAUUGGAGCACCCACCUACAGAAAAGAAAAUAGCUGCAGCAAUCCGAGACCUACGUGCCUCAGAAUUCGAAGUAACUGGAAGGGAGUGGAUGUCUGUGGAUGAGGACGUACUGUCUUCGCAUGAUGAAGACAACAUGUGGUCCAGAAACGUCUAUGACCUAGGGGAGGCCCAAGCUUCAGCUACCUGUGAUGACUGCGAGCUGCUGGCAUCAGUUCCACAACUACCCGCCAGCCACUCGGUGACUACAACAGGGCAGACGGCUGCAUCCAGCAGCGUGCUGGUUCAGGACUUCUCACCCAGCCCUUCACAUGGCAUUUUCCAUGAGCCAAGUCCAUGCCCUACCCUGAACACCACCCCUGAUCGCACCCUUGACCCCACCUCUGCCUGCCAUCCUAGCCCCAUCCUUGAUCCCGCCCGUGGUUCUUCCCCUGCCCCUCCCCCUGGCUCUUCCUCUGGCCUCACUACUGGCCCUACCUCUGGCCCCACCUCUGGCUCCUCGCCAGGCCCCACACAAGGCCCCACCAGUGGCCUUUUGCCCACUAUUGCAAAGGGGUAUAUGCGUACACCACCUGGCAUAUGCCUCAAAAAUCGCGCCCCUGCGGGGACGGCCACUGAAGAUGAAGUAGUGCGCAAUGCAAGUCUUUUGAAACCAGGGAGCGCAGACCUGGAAGUGGAGUUGUCGCAGGAGGAGCAACAGGAGGAGCAGCAGCAGGCACAGCAACAGCAGGAGCAGCAACAGGGCCUUCCAGCUAAGCGACAGAAGCAAGACCUAAACCGGGCCCUAAUUGAAGGUGUUUUAAAUUAUUUAAAAGCUGCUGAGGAGAACAGAGAACGGCACCACACAGAGCGCAUGAAGGCAGAAGAGAGGCAUCAUCAGAAAAACCUUGCUGUUGCAAAGCGCUUAGCAAGGUCUUUUGAACAGGAGCAACAGCAACCUUUUCCUGGUGACCACUAG